AGACAUCUUAAUAUGCACUAGAUACUCUGUACAUCCUAAAUUAGUAUCGGAUUCAAAGUUUUGAGAUGUGUUAUUUCACGUUUGUGUAAUAAAUGCCCUGGGGCCGAGAGCAGCCGGAAGUGACGUCGCCAAUAUUCUCCGGAUUAUCCGUGAGUGCGGUCACGAGAAGCAGAAGCAGCUGUGGGAGAAUGAGGAACUGAAAACGGCCUCGUCACGUCUUUUCCAGCUGCUACGUUACGACACAGGGCAGGCAGGAUCCUCGGGAACGUCGUCGGGUCCUCCCGAGGGGAUCGUGCGCCGCCUUGCCGACCCCGGGACGCUGGGAGGCGGGGUCCGGCGGCUUGCUGCAGGGUGGCCGGAGAGUGGACAUGUUCUCCGUGUUCAAGCGGAACCGACACAGGAAUACUCGGAACCCGACCAUGGCCUCAGCCCCCAACUCUAACCAGGAGGAACCACCACAGGGCGGCGGGCAGGCAGACCAACCCGCCCCGCAGCCAAGCGAACAGGCGCCCGAUACCAGCAAACAGGACGAUCCCAGCCCGACAGCGGGCAAGGAGGACAAAAAAGAAGCCACCAAACAACCACCAAAGGACUUAGGUGCUCGUCCUAAAACAAAUAUGCCAUUCCGGAGAAAAGGCGCGAAAGACAAGUCCAAGUCUAAGGAGAAAGACAAGGAUAAGGAACGCAAAGGGUCCGACCCAGGCCCCAGUCCCGUAAAGAAGACGUUAUCCAUCAAGGACAAGUUCAGGAGAAAGUCUGACCAAGGAGGCGAGGUUCCUUGUGAGGAGGGACCGACCAGACCCAACAGAAAUGGGUGCGUCUGUACAAGAUACGCCAGGACGGAGGACCAUCCCCUGGGCGCGGGAGUCAUCUUCAGCAGCGCGGACCCGUCCUCGGAGGCCGCCCGGGAGGAGAGUAAGUACGAGGAACUCCCGGAGCUCCCGCCCAAGCCGACACAGAAGGAGCCGCCGAAAGACGAGCCAGCGGACGGGAACGCGUACGGGGAGCGGGACUCGUUUCCCGUGUACGACGAGGAGGAGAUGAUGCGGGAGGUCCGCAGGCGAGACAUCGAGGAGGGGAUCGACCCGCCCCCGGGGUACAACCCGCCCGACAUCACCGACGGCAUCUGGAAAACCAUCGUCCACCACGACCACGAUGAGGUGAUCUCUGACUUCAUCAACCGUAACCUGCAGAAGCUGACGGUGCCGUGGGAGCGGACCCAGGCGGUUCGCGCCGUGGUCGGCCAGUUCAAGCCGGCGCUGCACACCUACCAGAACCAGUUCGGGCGUUUCGAGGUGGCGCAGAAGCUCACGCCGCGCCGCAUCCACACCCAGAUCGACUACAUCCACUGCCUGGUCCCGGACAUGGUGACCAUCGUGAACCAGCCGUACUACUGGGGCGUCAUGGACCGCUACGAGGCGGAGGACGUGCUCGAGGGCAAGCCGGAGGGCACGUUCCUCCUCAGAGACUCCGCCCAGGAGGACUUCCUGUUCUCGGUGAGCUUCCGGCGGUACGGUCGCACGCUCCACGCGCGCAUCGAGCAGUGGAACCACCUCUUCAGCUUCGACGUGCACGACCCGGCGGUGUACGCCGCGCCCACCGUCUGCCAGCUGCUCGAGCACUACAAGAACCCCGACUGCUGCAUGUUCUUCGAGCCCAUGCUGACCACGCCCCUCCCGCGCCCCUUCACCUUCCCCCUGCAGGCCCUCUGCAGGUCCGUCAUCUGCAAGUUCACCUCCUACGACGGCAUCAACAGCCUCCGGCUGCCGGGGUCGCUCAAGGACUACCUGAAGGUCUACCACUACAAGCAGCGCGUCCGCGUCCGCAGAUUCGAGAUGGACAAGCAGCCUGCCAUCAAGAUAACCACAGUGUAGGCCGCGCCAUCUUAGUUCCUUGGUUCAUGCUGAAAAUCAUGCAGUUCAAGAUGUAAACAGAGUCUG